UGGAACUCGGGGGUCAUUUUCGCUGGUAGACGACCAAACAAAACACAACCACCACCACCACCCAUCACCUCCGAUUGCCCUCGACCGAUACUGCUCGCAUUCGGAGCACACGAUUCACAAUGAGCGCAAAUCCUCAGAACGUCAUUCGCAGGAAGCUGGUUAUUAUUGGCGACGGUGCCUGCGGAAAGACCAGUUUGCUGAGUGUCUUCACCCUAGGAUACUUCCCGACACAUUACAUCCCCACCGUCUUCGAGAACUACGUGACCGAUUGCAGAGUGGACGGCAAGUCUGUCCAGCUCGCACUAUGGGAUACGGCCGGCCAGGAAGACUACGAGCGGUUACGUCCCCUCGCCUACUCUAAAGCACACGUCAUCCUGGUUGGAUUUUCCAUUGACACUCCGGAUUCCCUGGAUAACGUCAAACAUAAGUGGAUCGAGGAGGCCACCCGACUGUGCGCCGGCGUUCCCAUCAUCCUCGUCGGCCUGAAGAAGGACCUUCGAGAAGACCCGGUCGCCAUCGAGGACAUGCGAAAGAAAUCGAUGAGAUUCGUUACUGAACACGAAGGCGAGGCUAUCGCACGAGACAUUGGCGCCAAGCGGUAUUUGGAGUGCUCUAGCCUGAGCGGCGAGGGCGUCGACGAUGUGUUCGAGGCUGCCACUCGUGCCGCUCUCUUGACCUUUGAGAAGGGAGAGGGAGGCGGCUGCUGCGUUGUGCUGUGAAGCCACCACCGCCACCCUAUCAUGGGCGAUGCGAUGCCAGGCGAGCUUCCAUGAUACGGAAGUUUACCUGAUAGCAGACUGCAACAUGCUGCAGUAUUGGAUGUCUUCUUAGCAAGGAAUGACACCUCCUUGCAUUGCCUACUAACUAUGCGCCGCCGUCACUAUAUAGCGCUCACACAUCAUCUUGAAAAUCUCGACUGCACUUUUAGCUCAUCAGGGAAACGGAAUUGGAAACGGAUAUAGAGGAUUGUUGCUCGGCGCUUACGGGAGGAAAAACAUGCUUUGCACCACUCCCAGGUUGACUGACGCUGAGACUCAGUCAGGACUGGCAAUGCCAGUCUCAGCCGACCCUCUCAUCACCAAAGGACCACUUCCCUCGCACUACCAACGUUUGGCGGCUUGAUUGACAGACAU